AUGGCGAUAAGAAAUUCAAAUUUCUUUUUAUUAAUUCUAUUAUUAUCAUCAUCAAUCAAUGCAUUUAAUCUACCAGGAUUGGCACCUAAUGAAUACUGUCGAUUUCCAUUGCCAGGAUUAAAAUGCAAAACUCAACUUGAAGUAUAUGUCAAUCGUCUCAAUUCACUUGAAUCUGUAUUAUCAUAUGAAUAUUCUUAUUUUCCUUUCUGUACUGUUAAUGAUGAACCAUCACCAAUUAAAAAUCUUGGUCAAGUUCUUAUUGGUGAACGAAUUCAACCAUCACCAUAUAAAUUUUAUUUUCUUAAAAAUUAUAACUGUCGUUAUGUGUGUACAAAGAAAUUUACAUCAACUGAUUCUAAUCAACAAGAAAUGCUUAAACGUUUAAUGAAAGGAAUAAUUUUAAAUUAUCAACAAUACUGGAUACUUGAUAAUAUGCCUAUUACAUUAUGUUAUAAAAAUACUGAAAAUCUAGAAUUUUGUUCUCGUAAUUUUCCAAUUGGCUGUUAUGUAAGUAAAAGUGGUCAAACAAAAAAAUCGUGUAAUAUUCGUGAUGGAAAAAAUGAUACAUUUUAUAUAUUUAAUCAUUUGGAUUUUGAAAUAACUUAUCAUAAUGAACUAGGUGAAACAUGGAGAAGUACAUUUGGCGAAGAUAGUAGUCGAAUUAUUUCAGCGAAAAUACAAGUCAAUAGUCUCAAUUCAAAUAGAUGUGAUCGUACUACUGGACCAGUUAUGUUUCAAUCGACAAGUAAAGAUAUUGAAAUUCCAUUUACAUACAGUGUAAAAUUUAUAAAAAAUAAUGAAAUACGUUGGGCUAGUCGAUGGGAUUAUAUACUUAAAUCAUUACCACAAACACGUAUUCAAUGGUUUUCAAUUUUAAAUUCGCUUGUGAUUGUCUUAUUUCUUUCGGGUAUGAUUGCUACCAUUCUUUUACGUACAUUAUGUAAAGAUAAUUCGCGUUAUAGUCGAAUAGUUGGUACUGGUAGUGCAAAAGAACAAUUUGGAUGGAAACUAAUUGAUGGUGAUGUAUUUCGUCCACCACAAAAAGGUAUACUUUUGUCGACUCUUGUUGGUAAUGGUGUUCAAAUUGCAAUGACAUUUUUAAUCACAUUAGUCUUCGCUGCACUUGAUUUUCUCUCACCAGACAAACCUGGUGCUUUACUGACUUGUCUUAUCCUAUGUUAUGUUCUUUUGGGCAUUCCAGCUGGUUAUACUUCAGCUCGUUUAUAUAAAAUGUUUGGCGGUACAAAUUGGAAGAAAAUUGCUCUAACAACAGCUAUUACAUGUCCAAGCUUAAUUUUUGUCAUUUUGUUUGUUUUAAAUCUUGUUCUUUGGCUAAAUGUUAGUUCAGCAACUAUUCCAUGUACUACAUUUUUAGCAUUACUUGCUCUUUGGCUCUGCAUAUCAACACCAUUAAUAUUCAUUGGAGCUUAUCUUGGUUUCAAACGUUCAGUUUAUAAAAAUCCUGUUCCAAUUAAUCAAGUUCGACGACAAGUACCUGAACAGCCUUUUUACACUAAACCAUUAUUAAGUAUCUUAGCGAAUGGUAUUUUUUCAUUUGGUUGUAUUAUGAUUCAACUGUUUUUCAUCUUAAACAGUAUUUGGGUUCAUCAAUAUUAUCAUUAUUUUGGAUUUUUACUUGUCGUAUAUAUAAUUCUUAUAAUUACAUGUUCGGAAACAACAAUUUUUCUUUGCUAUUUUCAUUUAUGUACUGAGGAUUAUAAUUGGUGGUGGCGUUCAUUUUUAACAUCGGAAAUAUCUGAUGGAGUAUCAACAUUUCUUUAUUUUGGUUAUACAUUAAUGCUAACAUUUAUUUUAUUUUUAUUUACCGGUGCAAUCGGUUUUCUUGCUUGUUUCUGGUUUGUUCGUAUAAUCUAUUCAGUUAUCAAAUUGGAUUACAUGAAGCAAGCAUCGAUCAAUGAUAUAUCUAAUUAUUUUAAAUGA